AUGGACCCUCUGUUCGACCCUCUGUUCGACCCUCUGUUCGACCCUCUGUUCGACCCUCUGUUCGACCCUCUGUUCGACCCUCUGUUCGACCCUCUGUUCGACCCUCUACCCGACAUACCCAAAGACAUUGUCGCCCUGCCGCCCCCUGCCUUUGCGUCGAGCUCGGCAGCGCCAGGAUUGCCAACACUCGUGGUCCCGAAUGCCUUUACUGGCACCGCCAGCGCCUGGCGUACUCCUACAAUACCCGUUCAACCCACACUGGGAGCCUCUUUCCUCCCCCGAGACGAUUCGUUUGACGCACCGGUUGGCCCGGCGGAGAGCCCGUCUUUCUCGUUUCCGGAGAGACACUUUGAUUAG